AUGUUCUCGCACGGCUCGAAUACACCUCCUUACCAACAACAGAAUCGUGCUUCAUCAUCUCCAUACAACAUCACUACCACCUUCGGAUCUCCUCCUCCGUUUUCUGUUUCUGAUUUGCAGCAAUAUUUGCAGGAGAAGAGAGUGGAAGAAUUGUUCGUAAGCUUGAUGCAAGCCAUUUGUUUGGAACGUCCGCAACACAUCAUUCCGUUCCUUCAUCAGAAAUUGGCUCAAAUUGAAUGCUUUGCUGGUGUAGUUUCUCAACAACAAGUACCUCCACAGACAUCAUCACAACCACAACCCGUACAACAAUUUUAUACAACCACAGCGCCUUCAUACAACAACAUACAGCAACAGCCUCCACAACCACAACCCGUACAACCACAACCACAAGCAUAUUCUUUUGGAUCCUCACAACCCAAGCAAGCUACUAGUGCUAAAUCUCCUCCAUCAAUUGGAGCAAGCAGUACCGUACAGCAACAACAACAACCUCCAAAAUCUCCUUCUCCAUUUAGUUGGGACAAUAGAAGUGCUUUCACCGAACCUGGAGAAGAUGUUUCGGCUGAAAAACCACCAAAGGCCAAUGGCGAUUCUUCUGUUCGUUUUGCUGUGCCUUCUCCAAGUUCAAAUCCUUUGUCUGAAAACAGCGCAGGUAUUGAUUGGAAUGAAAGCGAGAAUCGCAGAAGAAGAUAUUCCAUUUCUGUGGCUAGAAGAAGAGCUGUUAGUAGUGAGGUUUUAGAUGAAUCAAAGCCAUUAACCGCAGAAGAGUUGCAGGUCCAUCAUAAAACUCCAGAAGAAAUGUCCAAGCUUAGGGAAGCUUUGGCAUCAAACGCUCUUUUCACUUCAUUGGAACCAGAGGAUUUAAAAAUUAUCUUAGAUGCCAUGUUUGAAGUUAAUGUCAAAAAGGGGGAUACUAUCAUUCGCCAGGGAGACGAACAAGGUGAUUUAUUCUAUGUGAUUUAUAGUGGAGAGUGUGAAGCGCUCAAAAAAAAUGGUAAUGAAGAGAAGGUCGUUAAGGAUUAUUCAGCAGGAGAUGCAUUCGGAGAAUUGGCUCUUAUUUAUGGAACUCCAAGAGCAGCUACUGUUCGUGCCAAGUCUGACUGUAAAUUAUAUGCUAUUGAUCGUGUCACAUUCCGUCGUAUUGUCAUGUUAAAUACGAAGCGUAAGCGUGAAAUGUAUGAAGACUUUUUGAAACGUGUUCCAAUUUUGGAAACUCUAACUGAUUACGAGAGAAUGACUGUUGCAGACGCUCUCGUUCAAGAAACAUAUGAUGCAGAAACUGAUAAGGGCCGUUAUAUUAUCAGACAAGGUGAUCGGGGAGAUGCUUUCUACAUUAUUAUUGAGGGUGAAGUUGUCGUUAAGAAGAAAGCAAAUCUUUCGGAUAUUAAUGCUCCAGAAGAAGAGUUGACUAGACUUAGCGUUGGUGAUUACUUUGGAGAAAUUGCCUUACUAACAGACCAAACUCGACAAGCAAGUGUGUGCAUUCCUGAGGAUGCUACUGAAAAUGUCAAGCUUGUGAGACUCAACAGAAAGGACUUUAAGAGCCUGUUGGGUCCUUGUGAGGAAAUCUUGAAGAGAAACAUGAGACUGUACACUCAAUAUGUGACUCAAAUAUAA